GGCCCGCGGCGCACUUGCGCAAAACGCGAACCAGAAGGGAAGGUUCUUCCCCCGGGCGUUUUGGCGUCCCAGUGCCAGGCAGAACUUCGGGGAACUGGAGCCUCCCGUAGGGAUGGAGAAAAGAGCGAGCUGCCCCAGGGUAAACAUGGAGUAAACAUGGAGAGUUGGAUUUCAUCAAGAUUAGUGGCUUUGCAAGAUGAUGAUUCAUGGUGAUGGCUUGCAGGGUCAUAAACAAAAGAAGGCACAUGGGACUUCAACAGCUUUCAUCGUUUGCAGAAACAGGAAGAACUUUCCUAGGCCCAGUAAAAUCAUCCAAAUUUAUUAUAGAUGAAGAGUGUCAUGAAAGUGUGUUAAUCAGUUCAACAGUAAGGCUUCUUGAAAGUUUGGAUUUAACCAGCGCAGUGGGACAACUUCUCAGUGAAGCAGUUCAAGCACAAAAUAACACAUACAGAACUGGAACCAGUACUCUUUUGUUUCUUGUUGGUGCGUGGAGCAGUGCUGCUGAAGAAUGUCUUCAUUUGGGUGUCCCCAUUUCAUUAAUAGUGUCUGUAAUGUCAGAAGGCUUGAAUUCAUGCAUUGAAGAGGUAGUUUCCCUUCAAGUGCCUAUCCACAAUGUAUUUGACUGUAUGGUUAACACAAAGACAUUUUCUGGACCUGAAACAUUUAGUGUCAGCGUAUACCCUUUUCUCCAAAUCCCUUCAGGUACUGGUUUGAUACAGAAAGAGUGUGAUCUCAAGGAUGUUGCCUCUCAGUCCUUGGCCAUUUACAGUCUUUCUGGGAGACCUGUUAAAUCACCUCAGCUCUUUAGGUCUCAGGCUAAGGUUGAAGCAGAUGAAAACACAUCACAAACUCCUCAAACUCUGAAAAACAGUCUGCUUGCAGACACCCGCUGCAGAAAGUCAGUACUAACCCACAGUAGACAUUUUAGUAGGACAGGUAAUCAAUGGAUAAGCAAGCCAGAUGGAGUUCUAGAACAACUUAGUGCAGCUACUCCCAAGAUUUAUAGAUGUGAUGAUUUGGUGGAGUUGGAGGUGGGUUUGAGUCACGGAGGUCACAGCAGCAUGAAGUUAGUAGACGAAGCAGUACGGCUACAAUAUCAGAACGCAGGUAUGCAACAAGGCAGCUGUUCAAUGCCAUUUCUCUUUGACAUUUCAAGAAUCUUCACUUGCUGCUUACCGGGUUUACCUGAAACUUUCUCUUGUGUCUGUCCAGGAUAUAUCACUGUUGUAUCAAUAUCUAGUACUGCUCUGAUCAAGGAAUUGCAGAAUCAGCCUAUUCGGGUAGUUCUUGUUGAAGGGGAUCUCACAGAGAAUUAUCGCCAUCUGGGAUUUAAUAAGUCUGCAAGUAUUAAAACAGUAUCAGAAAGCAUGAAGGUUCAGCAAGAUGGCUCAGAAGAACUGUGGACAGAUCAUGUGUUACAGGUAUUAAUCAAGUUCAAUGUGAACCUUGUCCUGGCACAAGGAAAUGUGUCUGAACGCUUAAUCGAAAAAUGCACAGACAGCAAGAGGUUGGUAAUUGGAUCAGUGAAUGGCAAUGUAAUGCAGGCUUUUGCAGAGGCUUCAGGAGCAGUGCAGGUGGCCUACAUGACACAAGUGAAUGAAAACUGUGUGGGCAGUGGGGUCUGUGUGACCAUCUGGAGAAGCAUUCCCUUCGAUGCUGCAGAUCGGAUCAACAGAACGGCAAUCAUUUUAAAAACAGAAGGAAUUAAUUUGGUUACAGUAGUGCUGACUAGUCCAGUCACUGCCCAGAUGCAAACCAAAGAAGAUACCUUCUGGACUUGUGCCUAUCGUCUGUAUCAUGCUCUAAAAGAGCAGAAGGUCUUCCUUGGAGGUGGCGCAGUUGAAUUUUUGUGUCUUAGCCAUCUUCAGAUUCUUGUGGAGCAGUCUGUGAAUAAAGGAAACCAAGGCUGUUCAGGAUGGCUUCAUAAUACUUCCUCUUGGCUGGCCUCAUCUGUGACACAGUACAGACCGACUGUGCUAAAAUGCCUGGCCAAUGGAUGGCACAGGUACCUUUCAACUCUCCUGUAUAACACUGCCAGUUACUCAUCAGAAUUUGAAGCUGGCACAUUCAUUCAACAUCAUCUACAAAAUGCUACAGACUCUGGCUCUCCUUCAUCUUACGUCUGGAAUGAAUAUAGUAAACUAAAUGGUGGGAUUUUAAAUUCAGACAUUUCAGAUAAACUGGAACAGAUUCCAAGAGUUUAUGAUGUUGUUACACCAAAGAUUGAGGCAUGGCGCCGAGCUUUGGAUUUAGUACUGUUAGUUCUUCAGACAGACAGUGAAAUUAUCACUGGACUUGAACAAAUGCAGAUAAAUUCGCAGGAAUCAGAGGGCUUUUUAUUUUUGUAGUGUUAUUGGCUAAGUCUUUGGAAAAUAAUCUUUGGUAAUAUGUCGUGCUAAUAAUAAAUUUUCUAGUAGCCAAGUUACAGUUUCUAAAAUGCCAGCUUUUACUAAGAGAAAAUAAUUGAUGUGUGUCAAUAACUGUACAGAGUCAGAGAUUUCACCCUACUUACAAUUUUGUUCUCUGUUUCUAUAUUUUUAUUCUGUAGCUGGACAUGUCUCUUUUUUAAAACAUUUUAUUGGAGUAUAAUUGCUUUACAUUGUUGUGUUAGUUUCUGCUGUAUAAGAAAGUGAAUCAGUUAUACGUAUACAUAUAUCCCCAUAUCCCCUCCCUCUUGCAUCUCCCUCCCACCCUCCCUAUCCCACCCCUCUAGGUGGUCACAAAGCACAGAGCUGAUCUCCCUGUGCUAUGCAGCUGUUUUCCACUAGCUAUCUGUUUUACAUUUUGUAGUAUAUAUAUGCCAGUGCUACUCUCUCACUUCAUCCCAGCUUACCCUUCCCCCUCCCCGUGUCCUCAAGUCCCUUCUCUACCUUUGUGUCUUUAUUCCUGUCCUGCCCCUAGGUUUGUUACAAUCUUUUUUUUUAUAUUCCACAUAUAUGUGUUAGCAUACGGUACAUAUUUUUCUGACUUACUUCACUCUGUAUGACAGACUCUAGGUCCAUCCACCUUACUACAAAUAAAUCAAUGUUGUUUCUUUUUUUAAAUAUAAUUCAUAUAUAUAUUUUAAAAUCAAACACAAUUAAAUAGAAUAUGGUUUAAGUACAUGAAUACUUCACUUCAGAAGAAUAACAGAGGUGGUACAUAGUACCAAAAACUCAUACACAGCCUUUCUGCUGCUUCUGUUGAUGAAACAGUGCGUGUCUAUACAACCAAAUAUUGCAGUGGAAUAAAUUCUCUGUUCGUUCAAGACUUUCUCAAGGACAGAGGUGAUAAUUAUAUAUUCAUAUGUGUAUAUAUGUAUUUUUUGCCAAGUCUGAGCAAAAGCAGUAACACCUAAGAGAACGUUCUGUCCCUCCAACAGUCUGUGUGGUGAGGCAGCGCGGGCACCGCCUGCAUGGAGUGUGCUGGCCGAGCAGGCGGCCCCGCCCAUGGCAGCGAGGUCCAGACCCUGAAGCUGACCAAGUGGACGUGCAGGGAGGGUCCUCUCGUUACCCCACAGACAGAAGAAAAAGGCCACAACCUGCACACUUCCCAGCGCAGAGCAAAGAAGAGGAGAGAGUCAGAGCUGAGUGCCUCUCUGUCCCCACACCUGCCCCCCCACCUUUUUAAAAACUCUACAAUCUGGGAAUAAACAUUUUGUUCAAGGAGCCACAGGGGAAAACUGGAGUGAUGGCUGUUGCACAUCCCUUUCCACAAGUACUCUGAGGGGAGGUGAUGUCACCGGAGCCCAGAAUCUCAGAGGAGCAAGUCCUACCACUUGCAGCGCAGAGGCUCGCUCUUCCGGCAGCGGGGGAGCUGGUUUUAAGAGUACUGCGUCUCAGGAGCAAUUAAAACGUGAAAACCAUACACUGUCACCAAAGGGGAGGACAACGUCACCAAGACUUGACCCACGGCCCGUUAGCUUCCUUCCAAAUUAACGCCUCUGUGCAGACCCCGCUCCCCGGAAGAAAAGCCACCUGCUGGCACCACACCGCCUGGCUCCUGAGGGGCCGACUCACCUGCCUGUUCAGGAGACCAAGCGAAGCCCCUCUGGUACCCGCUGUCUGAUGCUGUUGGGGUGGGUCACCACCAAGGGAGGUGCAUCAAAUACCGGCUCUACGCCUCUGUGUCUCCCAUGGCAUGUGGCCCCUGCCUAUCCCAGUGGACUAACACUCUUCCACACGUGGGUUAUUGCCAUUGGAAAACUAGUCAUUCUCUAGUAAUGUAAACAACACCGCUCUGUCUCUACAACUUUCACUGUGUGAUCAUCACGUGCAGGUGUGUCUACGCGACACUCUGCCGAUGGUGGAAGUCUAGGAUUGUCUGCCAUUCUUUCUUGGGAACAACAGUGAGAAGAAAUACAGUGCGCUGUUUUCACUGGCUGUGGGGAAGAAUCCAACCAAAGGAAAAAAGUUCUCCUAUUUUCCAAAAGCAGAUUUCCUUUAUCUCAGGUCUUGAGUCAUAGCUUUGUGGACUUCUCUAGCGGCUGAUCGCACUGUGCCUGCUGCAUAACUGACUAUCAUUUUAGUGAUCUUCCAAGCUAGCUCUUCCUGGGCCUCAUCAGUAUUUCCUUGCACCCAUUUCUUCAUAGCUUGAGAGAACAUGGAUCCUUUCGAUUUCUUUACAUCAGGUUCAGGCUCAGAUUCUCGGAUGAACUGCCCCAAGUCACUAACUCUUCCAAAUGUCGUCUUCCCUGCAUACGUCCAUUGAUACAAAGAUUCUGGAUCCAGACUUGCAGCAUCCACAAUUAUCGCUUCAUCAAAAUUUUUCAGAAUUUUAACACUGGCUUUUUUCACACUAGACUGCAUGGCAGAGCUGUCGGCCACCCCGGGGUGGGAGUCCUCAGUGGGGCUAGCAGAGCCCAGAGCCGUCAGCAAGACACCUCCUCCCAGGAACUCAUCUCCACGAACCGAAUGGAUGAGAUCAUUCAAAUAUUUAUAAUAAAGGUUGCUGGACAAAAAGCCAGGCAAAAAUACCUUCUCCAUGGUUGUCCAGGCCUGACGUAAUGGAGUGGUGAAACAGUUAGGGAGUGGUCCACCUUCCCUGCAGAUGUUGGAUUCAAUUUCCAGUUGUACAACAUCAUCGAAUCCAAGAGGAUGUGUGGCCUGGAGGGAGAAGUACUUGUCAUAUAAAAUCAUGGUGUCGUUCUGUGCCUCCUGUCCAUCAUACUGGCCCUUUUUGGCAGCAAGCUGAGACUGGAAGUUGUCUGCUGCCAACCAGAACUGUAGGAUAUUCACUGCGUCCUCUUUCUCCAUGUACUCAGAGAAAUAAAAAAGAGGACUGACUCACAGAAGAGAAUGUCAGCCAGGUAAACAGUUCCACUGGUCAGCACUUCAAUCUGGUAUUUACAGAAAUGGUGACUUCGUAGAAACUCACUAAAGUGCUCGUGCUCCAUUGCGCUGAAGACUAUGGACUGUGCUGAGACAAAACAGUUGGGAUCCACCUGCCCAUCUUCUCCACAAAUCUUUGCUACGAUGUCAUUUCUCAUGGCUUCUGUAAUUGGUAUUGGUUUAGCAGCAUCUGGAGAUAUAUAUUUGGUAAAAGUAUUUACUGCAUCUUGUUCUAUACUUUUCAUUAAUUUUCCUGAUAAUUCCUUUAGUAGAGAAGAGGGACUAUUUCUACUGGCUACUAUAAGUCUGGAGGAUUCCUGGGUUUCCACGGAACCUCAAUGAGCUCCAGUCCUGGCCGUUUCCAGGCGGAGAGAAUGGGCACUGUCACAUUCCUGGGAAAGCAGCAAGUGAUUCUGAGCGUUGCUAGUUCUAUUAUUCAGGUCAAUUCCUUCCAACUGGGCUGAGCUAGUAUCCUCCGGUCUCUUGUCAAGAGAGUCGGUUACAAAAGCUGCUGUAGUUUCGUGCUUUUUAGAAGGAGAGACAGGUUCAGCCAGUGAGCUCUGCUUCACCGUGUUCAGACUGUGUGCUCUUAUUCGGGACCAAGUUGUAGAGUGAAAACUUUCAGCCUCUAACCAAAACUUAACCAAAUGCUCCAUUCUCCGAAGUUCCAUGAAUUGAAUGAAAUAAGGGAGGACAACAGCGUCAUGCAAGACUUGUUCAAGGGUCUUUGAAAGACUUGAUUUGGUCUCUUGAGUCUGGUAGUCCAGACAAGAUCUGCCCAGGUCACCAAAAUGAGCAGCCUCCAUGUUGCUGGGCUGCUUAUUAAGUGUUGCCGUCCUACUACUUGAAAAGGAGUCCAUGUUGGCAGAAAUGGCAUUGAUUGCAACAUGACUUGGUCCUGCAGCCUCCAGCAAGGCAGGAUUUUUAGUGCUUUUUUGUGGGGAAUGUACGGAUAUUGAAGCUUUAACUGACUUGACAUCUGAGGUCUUCUCCUGCUCUUUGCCUUUCACUUUCCGCCGGAAGAAGGACAUGGCAGGGCCCGGGUCGGGGCGGAGGGCGCGGGGGGACUGGCACAGAGAGGGCCCGGCUCCCCUCAUUCAGCAACUGGCCCGGACUUCCGGGUCUGCAGCGGCCGCCACCCUAGGCCAAAAAUAGACCCGUCUUCCGGGUGUGGGCCCCGCCGCCUCCUGGAGACGUGCCGGUAGCUCCCGCCGCCAUGUUAACAACAAGCCGCCCGCCCGGAGUUCUGGUCCUUCCCCGCACGGGGCUUCACGGGAGGCCCAAUUUUGUUUCUUUUUAUGGCUGAGUAAUAUUCCAUUGUAUAUAUGUGCCACAUCUUCUCUAUCAUUCAUCCGUUGAUGGACACUUAGGUUGCUUCCAUGUCUCGGCUACAGUAAAUAGAGCUGCAAUGAACAUUGUGGUACAUGACUCUUUUGGAAUUAUGGUUUUCUCAGGGUAUAUGCCCAGUAGUGGGAGUGCUGUUCACCCUACUUAUAAUUUAACAGGUUAGCCUGUUGCUGUUUCAUGGGAUGCUACAGAAUACACAAGAUGCUUGGAUCAGAGGCAAAGGGCUUUUAUUAUUCACAGGAAAAGCAGUAGCCAGAGCUUCGGGUUGGUUUGCAUCAGUUCCCCAGUUCUCUAAGUCCCACGAAAGCAACACAGAGGGCCACUGAUGGCAGCCUGCACAUGCAGUGUGUUGUGUUAUGGAAGAGGAACACUGGGGGUAGCCACUGCUUUUACAGUAAGCAGAAACAAUCCUGUUCUUUGUCCAAGGGCAGUUGCUACCUCAUGCCUCAAGGCUGCUCAAUGUAAACACAGCCUGAGACAUGGACUGGUUAAAGAUAGGCCUGGCAUCCUGAGAAAGUAUGCAGCGUCACUCAGAGCCAUAGUGAAUAGCCUCCUCCAAAAAUUCACUCUUCAACCUGGUACGUUCUUGGCCAGACUUGGCCAGUUCUUGGCCAGUAUGCCACUCUGUCGGCUACUCUGAUUAAUCUGGCAAACAGGUUGCUUAGUCAGUACCAAAUCUAUUCAAUUGGUCUCACAUACCAACUAAAUCAAGGCUCCUAAAACAGACUCUGAGGAGCAGGGUGA